AUGGAGAGGAAAAAACGCAAGGGCAGAACUCCAGAAGGUGUAUGUAAUGGUCGAGUGUCAGAGCUAAUCAGUCAAAAUAAGAAGACGGACCCACUACCACAUCGUCCAGAAACUUUGGACCGAGCUGCUAGAGCACACAGGCGUGAAAUCAUUUCAACCAAAAGGCAAAAUCCCGUUUCAGCGAACCAUCCAAUUGUUGCAACAGAGGAAAAUAGUCUAACUAUCGCCUCUGACGGGAUUGAUACAACAAACAAUGUGGACAAUUACUCUAAAAGGACAUCCUCUGCACCUAAUACUGAUGAACGAUGUACAGAAAACGAUAGUUUGUACUACGGACAGAAGAAUACUGGUUCUGUUGUAACAUCUUUGAGAGAUUUAAAUGGUCCUCUUCACAGUUCUCAAACAUGCCAAAAUCUACCCAAUGUUCAAGCGCCAAUAAUACCAAGUAGAAGCCAAACAAAGGAGACCAUGACAGAGAAUCAGUGUUUAUUACUGGGGCCCGAAGAAGAAGAUUCAUUGGAUGAAUUAUGGGACUGUUCAAGUAAUGAAGAACAUGACGAAGAAACUGACUCGGACACAUGUGAAGACGCUACUAUUUUGCAGAAGAUCCAGCGUCAAGCAAACAUUAAUAAGGUUGUAGAAUCCAUUACAAAGCAUUUUGGUGGGAACAAUAAAAAAAACAACACAACGGCAAAUUUCAGUGCUUUGGAGAAAUCACUUCCUUUGCCACAUCAAGAAGAAGCUUACAAAGAUGAUGGAGAUCUGACACACGAAUGUCCUAUCUGUAGAGCUCUGUUUUGGUACAAUGAGCGAAUUAGUAAGGGGAGAAAAACCAAAACUCCUAUUUUCACAAUGUGCUGUAUGAGAGGAAAGGUUAAGAUCCCUGUAUUAAAGGAACCACCGGCCUUGCUUAAGAAGCUUCUUACAAGUGAUGAUGCUAUCAGCAAGCACUAUCGGGAUAAUAUAAGACCAAUCAAUAUGAUGUUUUCUUUUACAUCACUCGGGGGGAAGAUUGAUAACUCUAUUAACUCAGGGCGAGGUCCUAAGAUUUUCAAGCUUCAUGGGGAGAAUUAUCACUUAAUUGGUAGUAUGAAGCCAAAUCGAAACGAGAAAGCCAAGUUUUCGCAGUUGUAUAUUCAUGAUACACAAAAUGAGGUUGAGAACCGUUUAUCUGCUCUAAGUGGGAACUCUGGGAAAGCAAAAAUCCGUCCAGAUUUGGUUGAAUCUAUAAUGGAAAUGUUAAGGGAAUGUAAUGUGCACGUCAAGUCUUUUCGCAAUAGUAUGGAUAGAUUUAAUGAUGAAGAAGAAACUCGAGACGUUUCUUUGGUCCUAAUCCACACCCGUUUUCAAGAUGGAAGAGUUUACAACCUGCCCACUUCUUCUGAAGUUGCCGCAUUAGUUGUUGGCAAUUUUCAAGAAAAUAUGGACAAGCGUGAUAUCAUCUUACAAAAAACUUCGGGGAAGCUUAAAAGGAUUAGUGAGUUGCAUCCAUGCUAUUUGCCCCUACAGUAUCCACUUAUUUUCCCGUAUGGUGAAGAUGGUUUUCGUUUAGGUAUUAAACAUGGUUUCACAGGACCCUUCAAAAACAAGAAGCCUAAUAUCAGUAUGAGGGAGUACUUUGCCUAUCUUAUUCAGGUUCGAAAAGUUGGGUCUCAGGUUCUUCAUCUUUCAAGACGUCUUCUUCAGCAAUUUCUGGUUGAUGCAUAUACAAUGAUCGAAUCCCAUCGUCUUCGGUUUAUAAGGAAAAAUCAGUCAAACCUUAGAACUUUGAAGUUUAGUAAGUUUGUUGAGGCUGCAAAUCAAGGAAAUUCGAGUGUGUCUAUUGAAGGAAAUCGAAUAAUUAUACCAUCGUCUUUCACAGGAGGGCCUCGCUAUAUGCAUCAAAUGUAUCUAGAUGCAAUGACUAUCUGCAAAUACCAUGGAUUUCCGGAUCUAUUCAUUACUUUUACAUGUAAUCCUAAAUGGGCAGAGUUGAAAAGGUAUUUUGAUCAAUACAAUCUUCGAUCUGAGGAUAGACCUGAGCUGUGUUAUAGACUAUUCAAAGUUAAGCUGGAUAGUUUAAUGGAUGAUCUAACUAAGAAGCAUUGGCUUGGGAAAACAGUGUCAGCAAUUUAUACUGUUGAAUUUCAGAAACGAGGUCUUCCCCAUGCUCAUAUAUUGGUAUUUAUGGAUUCACAGCACAAGCUACCACAAGCAGAUGAUAUUGAUAGGAUGAUAUCAGCCGAGAUUCCUGAUAAAGCAACUGAACCAAGGUUAUACGAAGUUGUGAAAGAUUUAAUGAUUCAUGGGCCAUGCGGUUCUGUGAACAGUGGUUCACCAUGUAUGCAAGAUGGGAAAUGCAGCAAAUUCUUUCCAAGAAAAAAUGUGGAAAAAACAACUGUUGAUGCCCAAGGUUAUCCAGUAUAUCGUAGAAGGGAUAACGGUGCUUUUAUAGAGAAGAAAGGCGUGGAGUGUGAUAACAGAUUUGUGGUCCCCUACAACAAAAAGCUCUUACUUGCCUACAAUGCACACAUCAAUGUCGAGUGGUGCAAUCAGUCUAGAUCUAUUAAGUACUUAUUCAAGUACAUUAAUAAAGGACAAGACCGUAUUACAGGAACUGUUACACAGAGAAAUAGUUCCCAAGCACAGACCGAGUGUAACGGACCACAAACUGAGUUACGUGAUACCGUCGUUGGAGAUGUUACCGAGGAGCCAGCAGUUGAUGAAAUCAAGAACUAUUUCGAUGCGAGAUACAUAUCAACUUGCGAGUCUGCGUGGAGAAUCUUAGCCUUUCCAACGCAUUAUCGAUCUACACCUGUUGAGAAAAUUACAUUCCAUCUAGAAGGUGAGCAACCACUUAUUUACAAAGAAGGGGAUUCGGUUAAAAGUGUAAUCGAUCGGGCGCUGGCUACAAAAACAAUGUUUUUGGCUUGGUUUGACUGUUGUAUUAGAUACCCUGAAGCAAGAGAACUGACAUAUGCUGAACUACCAACAAAAUUUGUCUAUGACGCGAAAGUAAAAGCAUGGAAUCCACGGAAAAAAGGAUUUGCUAUAGGGAGGUUGGCGCCUGUAUCUCCUUCUUCCGGGGAACUAUACUUUUUGAGGGUUUUACUCAAUAAGGUAAGAGGGCCAAAGUGUUAUGCUGAUAUUAAGACUGUUGAUGGCAUUGUUCAACCCAGUUAUGAAGAUGCAUGUUAUGCCCGUGGAUUGUUGGACGAUGACAAAGAGUAUAUUGAAGGUCUUAAAGAGAUUAGUUUCUGGGCAUCAUCCAGUUAUGUUCGAAAUUUUUUCGUCAAAAUGUUAUUAUCUGGUAGUUUAUCAUCGCCAAGAUUGGUAUGGGAAGCAACGAAAGAUUUGUUAUCUGAAGAUGUUCUUUACAAUGAAAGAAAGCGAAGAAACUAUCCUGGUAUUGAUCAAUCCGUUUUAACACGUAUAAGACUACUGUAA